ACACACACACACACACACACACACACACGACACAAAACAAAACAAACCCUAAUUAAUUAUUCUUGUAUCUUUUAUAUCAUAUACAUUUACAUAUAUUACGGUUUUUCAAUUAAAUUUUGCUACUUGGUGUUGUUAUUCUAUAAUCGUCAAUCAUGGCGGCGAGGGUUCUUGCACAAAUACUUGUAAUGGGUUCCGGGAUCUUGGCUAGGGGAGUUGUUCAAGCAUAUCGCCAGGCCCUGCAGAAUGCCUCAAAUACAGGUGUUACUCAAGAAACACUACGUAAAGGAGCCAAAGCUAUGACCGAACAAGAGGCGCGACAAAUUCUUGGUGUGAGCGUGCGGUCUUCCUGGGAUGAAGUUGCACAGAAAUAUAAUACUUUAUUUGAACGGAAUGCCACGGGUGGAAGUUAUUAUCUGCAAUCAAAGGUUCACAGGGCCAAAGAAUACUUGGAGACAGUUUAUAAUCCUAAAGGUUAGCCAGAUGGACCUGUGGCAACACUUUGACUUAUUUUUACCUGAAGACCUUUAACAACAUUUGUAUUUUUGUACUCUGGUAGAGGGAGAUGAAUUUGUAUUCUGAAAUCUUGCUUCUGUAAGCCGUUAUUGACCGUAUUUCCGUGUUGUGUGACAUGGGGAAAUGGUUGCUCAAUUGGUUCUGGAUCUUGAUUAUGACUUUAGCUUAUGUUGAUUAUAAUUUUGAUA